AUGAACUCUCUUACUCUCUGGAGUAGAUAGAGAGCGAAACCCUAGAGAGAGAGAGAGAGAGAGAGAGGACGAAGGCGGGAAAACAUUCGGUUCAGAGCCUGUGGAACCCUUGGAAAUGGAUAGGGUUUCCGAGAAGGAGAAAUCCAGCAAGCGUUCUCGAGAUGAACGCGAUCGAGACCAGAAGCAUCGCAGUCGAGACGCCGACGAAAAGCAUUCCUCCAAGGAUGAGAAGCACCGUGAAUCCGAUCACCACCAUCGCCGGCGUCACCACCGAUCGGACCGCGAUUCCAAGCGCGAGCGUUCGCAUGAGCCGCUAGACCACAAACAUAGGCGUGAUAGGUCUCCUGACGAGCACGAGAGCUCGCAGGACCACGAUUUUAAGCGGGAAAGGUCUUAUGAUCUUAGGGAUGAGAGAGAAAGGAGUAGGGAUAGGGAUUCGUCUAAGCGAGAGCGGUCGAAUGAGCCGAGAGUGGAGAGAGAGGGCAGCAAAGAGCGGGGCAAGCUGCGCGAGGCGAGGCGCGAGCAAUCAGAUGAUGAGUGUGAACGGGAAGGAUCGUUUGAGCCAAUUCAGAAUACUGUGCGUUCGAACAAGAGGAAGGAUAGAGGGGGGAGUGAGGAUAGGUUUGAUGGUGGUGAGAAGAGGGCUAGGGCCUCGGAAGAUGGGAAGGAUCUAAGGCGGAUUGAGGACGGGAAGGAAGUGAACGGAGCUGAGAUGGAUGAGAAAAAGGAGCGGAGGAGAUUUGCUGACGGUGAGAAAGAUGAUGAAGCAAACUUGAGUGGUAGGGGAAGGAGGGAGAGGAAGCGGUUUGAGGAUUGGGUAAACGAAGAGGAUAAUGGUGGAAAUGUUGAUGAGAAGCAUGCCAAUGUGAAUAAACACAAGUCUAAGGGAAACGUGGGGGAUGGGAAAAUUCAGAUUGGAGGCACCACCGAUGUAAGUUCACUGGGGAAUGGAUCCACGGUGGAACCUAUUGAUAUGUCAUCAGCAAGUGUGCCCCAGAGUUUGGUACACCCUAGUCAUUCCAUUCCUAUCAAGGUAUCUUCAAUUUCUACCACAAAUGAAAAUAAGGGAGUUAGUAUUACCAGAUCUCAUGAGGUUCAUGGAAAAUCUAGUACAGAUGGGCCAUCAUCAACUGCUGGGAAAAGUGGAAAUCUCUCUCUUGAUGCUCUAGCAAAAGCUAAGAAAGCUUUACAGAUGCAGAAAGAAUUGGCCGAGAAGUUGAAGAAAAUUCCCCUGAUGAAGAAAGAUGGGGGUUCAAGUUCUGCAAGCAGCUCAGUUGUAAAGUUGGAGGACAAAUCUAAACCAGCAGGUGGUGUGUUGGGGCCAUCGCCAACUACAAAUAUUGGCACAACUAUUUCUGCUGGGGUAGCAUCAAGUUCAUCGACCUUACCUGCUGCUACUAAUACACAUGGCGGUGGUAUUAAUGUUCCAGCAGGCCUUACCUCUAUACCCCAUUUUGAAGCUGUCAAACGUGCACAGGAGCUUGCUGCUAGGAUGGGAUUUCGGCAGGAUCCAGAGUUUGCUCCUCUCAUAAAUUUGUUUCCAGGGAAUAUAGCAACUGAUGUUGCUGUUCCGCAGAAGCCAGUCAAGGCCCCUGUCCUUCGUCUUGAUGCACUUGGCAGGGAAAUAGAUGAACAAGGAAAUGUGGUCAAUAUAACCAAACCAAGCAACCUUAGCACUCUAAAGGUUAACAUUAACAAACAGAAAAAGGAUGCAUUUCAGAUUCUUAAACCUGAACUUGAGGUGGAUCCAGAAUCAAACCCUCAUUUUGAUGAGAGGAUGGGUAUAAAUAAAACUAAACUCUUGAGGCCGAAGAGGAUGAAUUUCCAAUUUGUUGAGGAAGGGAAAUGGUCUAAGGAGGCUGAAACCAUAAAAUUAAGGAGUAAGUUCGGAGAGGCACAAGCCAAAGAGCGAAGGGAGAAGCAGGCACAAUUGGCCAAGGCAAAGGCAGCACCUGAUAUAAACCCGAAUUUGAUCGAGGUAUCAGAGAGAGUUAUUGUGAAAGAAAAAACGAAAGAACCAAUUCCUGAAAUUGAGUGGUGGGAUGUCUCUCUUUUGCAUUCUGGCACGUACGAUGAUGUGGGAGAUGGUUUUGUGGCCAAUGAUAAAAUAAGGAAGGAUAAGAUUACUAUAUAUGUGGAGCAUCCUCGUCCUAUUGAACCUCCUGUUGAGCCAGCUCCUCCACCUCCUCAGCCCCUAAAGCUAACAAAGAAGGAGCAGAAGAAACUCCGGACGCAGCGCCGUCUAGCAAAGGAGAAAGAUAGGCAGGAGAUGAUUAGACAAGGCCUGAUAGAACCACCCAAACCAAAAGUUAAAAUGAGCAAUUUAAUGAAAGUUCUUGGCUCGGAAGCAACACAAGAUCCUACUAAACUAGAGAAAGAGAUUCGUGCUGCAGCUGCCGAGAGGGAACAGGCUCACAUAGAUAGAAACAUUGCACGUAAACUUACUCCUGCAGAGCGCCGUGAGAAGAAAGAACGAAAGCUUUUUGACGAUGCAAAUUCACUGGAGAACUUUGUGUCUGUUUAUAAGAUCUACGACUUAUCGCACCCACAGGCCCGGUUUAAAGUCGAUGUUAAUGCUAGAGAGAACCGGUUGACUGGAUGUGCUGUGAUAUGUGAUGGCAUCAGUGUUCUGGUAGUUGAAGGGGGAAGCAAGUCCAUCAAGAGGUAUGGAAAGCUUAUGCUUAGGCGUAUAAAUUGGGCUGCUUCUGUGAAAGAGGAGGAAGAGGCGGAUGAAAGUGACGAUAAGCCCGUUAACAAAUGUUCACUGGUAUGGCAAGGAAGUGUUGCCAAAUCUAGUUUCAAUAAAUUUUUUAUCCAGGAGUGCAUGACAGAGGCAGCUGCUAGGAAGAUUUUUGCCGAUGCUGGUGUCGGUCAUUAUUGGGAUCUCGCUGUGAACUUUUCCGACGAUCAAAUAUAAUCAAACUUCUCAGUUUGACAUGAUUCUGCUGAUGAUUUGCUUCAGUGUCUCCUGUCUUGCAUGGUUGAAGUUUAGGCAACGCCGAAUUGUCCAAAGCGAAGACAACAGUACGGGUUUGCUAGUCUUCCCUGUUUCUAUUACGCUCUGACUCGCUUAUCCAAGUUUAAGAGAAUUUGCAGAUUUCACGUAUCAGAACUGAAUUCUGUAUGCAAAAAUGUUAUAACUGGUGAUCCGUUGUUCUUAGCGAGCAGAACUUUGAAAUCUUAUGACGCCAGGAUCAUCUCCAGACAUAGGGUAUCGUGUCGAAUUCGGCUAUAGUCUUCAUUUAGUGUACUUUUAUAGAUGUUGCGACUCUUUCUGCCACCCUUCAUAACUUAGCAAUGUUUGACAAUCAAUCCAUUCCAUUUGGUAGUUAGAUGAAGGAAGGUGGCCUUGAAUAAUUUUCUACUCAAACGAAAAGGUACUUUUUUUAGUCUUUAAUUACUACUAUGCCCUGCAGUUAUUGUAAA